AUCAGCAGAAGGAGCGGGCGCUGGCCGUAGCGUCCUGCCGCUCGGUUUGACUCCCUCAGACAAACGCCGGUGUUCCCUGUGCGACGCCUCCAGUUCCACCCAGCGGGAGGUGCAGUGACUCGUUGAUGCGGGGUGGAUCUGGGCGCGCGGUGGGACCGGGCUGCACACGCCCCUCCGCCUGCAGCGCAGCGCCGCGCGCACAACUUAGUUUUUGAAGGAUGUGCACAGAGAGGCGCGAGCUGCUGCGCGCAUCAGGUCUGCGCAGGCGUCUCCGUCUGGUCAUCCUGGUUCGUUCACCUGUGGCCGAAGGAGGCCCGGUGACCUCCCGGACUCAGUGAGCCUCGGAGCCCGCCCAUGACAGCCCCCGAUGCUCAGCAGCGCUCCUGGGCUUUCCGGUCGGUGGGAGAGGCUCGAGCCGCGGCCGCGCGCUAGGAUGCUGCGCCAGGUGUUGCACGCGGGCCUGAGGACUUCGUUCCGCGCGCUCGGCCGGUUCGUGGCGAGCCACGCGGUGUUCUUCGCCUCCGCGCCCAUGCUCCUGUCCGUGCUGCUGGGGGCCAGCUUCAGCCGGUACCGCGUGGAGGAUGACGUAGAGAGCCUGCUCGCGCCCAAACACAGCCUGGCCAAGAUAGAGGGGAGCCUCGUGGAGAGCCUGUUCCCGGUCAACCGCUCCAGGCACGCGCUCUACUCCGACCUGCAGACACCGGGACGCUACGGGCGCGUGAUCAUCGCCGCGCGGAAGGGGAGCCUGCUGGAAGCCUUUCAUCUGGACUCGGUUCUAGCGCUUCACAGGAACAUCUACCAGAUGCAGGUGAUGUUUCCAGCCACGGGCCUCAGCAGCUUCAACUACUCCUUCUCCUACCUCUGUCUCCCAGACGACAAGAAUGUCUGCAUCGUCGAUGACAUCAUCCGGGCCUUGGAAGAGAUCCAGGCAGCCCGAGCCUCCAACCGCACUGUACCGGUCCUGCACUAUCCCAUCACGCAGCUGGCGGACGGACGACGGGCCUACAUCGGUCACCAGCUGGGCGGCGUGCAGGGCUGGGGCCCCGGUGGGACGGUGCGAGCUCAGGGUACUGGAGGCAGGGGGGAAGGCGUGCGCUCUGCCAGGGCGUUGCAGCUCACCUACUACCUGCAGGUCCGUGGCGAGCUGAUGGAGCAGGUGGCCGGCCUGUGGGAGAAAGCCUUCUGUUCUGAGCUCAAGCAGUUUGCAGCCUCACACUCCAAGUUGGGGAUCUACCCCUCCACCUCGUCUUCUCUAAGGACUGACUUCCAGUUCUCCUCUGUGUUGGCCCACCGCCCUCUGCUGGCCAGCCUAGGCGUUUGCGGGGUGCUGGCCAUCCUGUGUUGCUCCAUGCAGGACUGUGUGAGGUCCAAACCCUGGUUGGGACCCUUGGCACUGCUGUCAAUCACACUGUCUGGCCUUUCUGCUGCUGGAAUCCUCAACCUGACUGGGGCCACAUACAACUCCACUUACCUGGGCAUCCCGUUCGUCAUGCUUGGUCACGGGCUCUUUGGCUCCUUCGAAAUGCUGUCGUCAUGGAGACGCACGCGGGAGGACCAGCACGUUAAGGAGCGAGUGGCGAGCGUCUUUGAGGACGUCAUGCUGCGAUUCUCCGGCUCCACGAUGCUCCACCUGAUGACUCUGGGCCUGGCUGCCUCGCCGCUCACCAACAUGGAGGCCGUCCGGCUCUUCUGCCGCACCGCCGCCCUGGCAGUGACCGUCAGCUACAUCUACAUGCUCUCCUUCUACAGCUCGUGUCUGGUGUUUACGGGGUACCUGGAGACCGGCUACCGGCACGGCUGCUUCUGCCGGCGCGUCCCCAAACCGGACAGGCUGAGCUGUAAACCAGCCUGGUAUCGAUGCUUGAUGUUCACCCGGUACCAGGAUGAGACGCAGACCACCAACCCUCAGCUCGACCCGUCUCACACUCAUAUACCAAAUUCAGACUUGACCCAGACGCGCACAACCAUCAGCACGGGCGUGCACGCACAUGUGGGUAACUGCACACACUUGCACCCACAGGCCAAUGUCUCUGCGAGCACAGACCCCCAGGACUCGCACCUGUUGCUGGGGUGUGUGAGGCGUUGCUAUGGAAACUGGAUCACCAACACUUAUGUGAAACCUUUUGUGGUCCUUCUCUACCUGGUUUACAUCUCCUUCGGUUUGAUGGGAUUUCUCCAGGUCACCCAGGGCUCUGAUCCCAGUGCAGUGGUUGCCAUGGAUACAGCGACAGUCCUGUACACACGGGCGCAGCAACGUUACUUCAGCUCCUAUUCGCCUGUGAUUGGAUUCUACAUCUAUGAGAGCGCCCCCUACUGGAAUGCGUCUGUGCAGCGGGACCUGCUGGAGUACGCCAAAGGCUUCCAGAGGAUCAGCUGGCUGGAAGCUUACCUGAACUACCUGUCAGACCACAACCAGUCCACCAGCCUGCCAAGGGAGAACUUCACCUACACGCUGCGCCACUCUUUCCUCCGCGAUCCACAGUUUGCACACUUUGCAGACGACAUCAUCUUUGCAGAGCGUGGUCAAGGGGAGGAGCCAGAUCUGGCAGCUUCUCGCAUCUUCCUGGUCGCUAAGACGACGGAAAACAAGCGCGAGGAGAUGUCAGUUCUGCUGGACACGCUGCGGCGCCUGUCCCUUACCUCUCGAGUUCGCUUUCUGAUUUUUAACCCCUCGUUUGUGUACUUGGACCGAUAUGCAGCUGCGGUCAGCUCCCCGCUCAGACACUCCCUGCUGGCCGUGCUUUUCCUCCUGGGUCUGUCCUCUCUGGCCAUCGUGGAGCCGCUGGUCUCUGUGUGGUUGGGCCUCACCUUACUUUCCGUCCAGUUCGGGGUGCUGGGGUUCAUGACCCUGUGGGGCGUGGAGCUGGACUGCAUGUCUGUUUUGUGUCUCAUCUCGGCUUUGGGGCACUCGGCGGACUGCAGUGGGCCGCUCCUGUGCGGUUUUGCCUCAGGCCAAGGGGAAAGCAGGACUCGCUGGGUGAGAGCGGCGCUUGAGAGACACGGCGUUCCGUCUCUGCAGACGCUCAUCUGCUACAGCGCGGCGCUGCUACCGCUCGGCUCCGUGCGCUCCAACCUCACGCAGACGAUGUUUCGCUGCCUCACUCUCACGGCCAGCUGCUCGGCCCUGCACACCUUAGCCUUCCUGCCCGCCCUCCUCACCUUCCUGCCCCCCUCCAAGAACCGAGGCCUCCGACCUGCGGGGGAGAACCAGAGACAGGGGGUGGAGUGCGUCGAGAUGAAUGACAGCACCAGAGUCGUUGAUCAAAUCACCACCGUUUGAGGACGGAACACCUUCUCAUCCGAACCUGCUGGAGCCGGGUGGGGGCGGAGUCAUGGUGGUGGUGGGGUCCUCAGAGCACAACUCCACCCACAUGAGGAGAGCCAGGAAAGGCAGCAGAAUAAAGCUGGGCAUUAAUGAUUUCAGUGUGUCGUUUCCAUGGUUACCUCCCUGACGCUGAAUGAAGUUUGACUCAUUCACAACUUAAGUACCUGCCCACAUAGGACCCCUAAAGAAGCUCCACCCCUUCACCCUCCACAUGUGCUUUAGACCUUUAUCACUCUGUUUGCCUUCUGCUGCCAGCCGACCAUUACGAGCUGCAGAGCUGAGAGCCAAGACUCUAUGAUUUCUACUUUGAUGCUGACCAAAUAAAACAAUGAAAGAAACUG